CACAGGGGAACAACAAGGCCAGGCCGUCACAUCUCGUUUUCUCCUCCAACAGCAGAAAUAUUUACCUCCACUUGUUUCUUCUUUUUUUCAUCUCAAGUUUUCAGCUGACGCAGGGACAUAAUGGUUGAUUAAGAGACUCCACGUCUUUUGGGACCUCUUAAGUGUUGGAUUUUUUUUUUCUACAGUUAAUAAGUUUGUUGUUCAGGGCAGCAGAUCGCCAUGCUGUCCAAGAAGGAGAAGAAGCUGAUUAAAGAAAUUUGGGAAAGACUGACUCCAGUGGCUGAAGAAAUUGGAUCUGAUGCUCUUCUUAGGAUGUUUACUUCAUAUCCCGGCACAAAGACAUAUUUUUCCCAUCUGGACAUCAGUCCCGGCUCUACCCACCUGAAUUCUCACGGGAAGAAGAUUGUUCUGGCCAUCGCAGAGGGGGCUAAAGACAUCAGCCAGCUGACUGUCACUCUGGCUCCUCUACAGACGCUGCAUGCCUAUCAGCUCCGGAUAGAUCCCACCAACUUUAAGCUGCUUUCACACUGUAUGCUUGUCACGUUGGCCUGUUACCUGGGCGAAGAGUUCACUCCGGUUGCACAUGCAGCAAUGGACAAGUACUUGUCAGCCUUCGCUGCCGUCCUCUCUGAAAAAUACAGAUGAGAUUCAUCCACCAUUUAAGUAAAUACAGGUCCUUCUCAAAAUAUUAGCAUAUUGUGAUAAAGUUAAUUAUUUUCCAUAAUGUAAAACUUGAACAUUCAUAUAUUUUAGAUUAAUUUCACACUAACUGAAAUAUUUCAGGUCUUUUAUUGCCUUAAUACGGAUUAUUUUAGGAUACAGCUCCUGAAAACCUCAAAUUCCUAUCUCACAAAAUUAGCAUAUUUCAUCCAACCAAUAAAAGAAAAGUGUUUUCAAUGCAAAAAAGUCAACCUUCAAAUAAUAAUGUACAGUUAUGCACUCAAUACUUGGUGGGGAAUGCUUUUGUAGAAAAGACUGUUUCUGAUAUGGAGGCCCAGGAUGCUUCGAUAGCGGCCUUUAGCUCAUCCACAGUGUUGGGUCUUGCGUCUCUCAACUUUCUCUUCACAAUAUCCCACAGAUUCUCUAUGGGGUUCAGGUCAGGAGAGU